AUGGCUUUCCACUUCUGUCCUCAAUGUGGGACAAAGCUGCUGCCAGAUUUUAAGUUCUGUCCAUCCUGUGGCGAGAAGCUGCCCUGUGCCAACCCUGAUGGUCCAAUAACCUCGAGUGUUGAACUUUUCACCACAAAAGAACAUACAAGCCCGACUUCCAGUCCAAUCUCUGAAGCAAAAACAGUCAGAGCUUCACCGAGUCAAAGUAUGGUGUACUCCCGUCCUCCACUUCGCAAGACGACUCGGAACUCACUUCGUCUGGAUAAUCUUAGCAUUAAAGAUGCUCCCUCAGCAGUGACGUUUGCCUCUGAUAAUGCAACUGAAGAAGAGAAAAGUAUGGUCCAAGCGACACCUCCAAAGAUGCUCUCAGCCACUUUCAAAACUGACAUUCAAGGGGAUUUGUCUUCUCCUUCAUCAAAAUCACCCAGAAAUGUCAAGGGCAAAGGAAAACGUAAAGCCGAGGAGGCUGUUGAAGGGAUGCCCUUCUCUUCGCCAAUUCUGUCACCACAUUCAAAGUCUCCUGGUAAAGGAAAAGGCAAGAAGACUAAAUGUAUUCCAGCUUUGGAGCCUCUUCAGGAAGGAACAGAAGUGACAGACACCAAUGGAAAAAAGUGGAAGUUAGUCAAACUGCUCAGUAAUGCAACAACAGAGCUCAUUUAUGAAGUGUUAUCAACAAAUGCAAAAGAAUCAUACUACAUCAUCAAACUGGGGGCAAAGGAUGGAAAAAUAUUUAAUGAGCAAAACUUUUUGCAAAGAGCUGCUAAACCUGCAUCUAUCGAAAAAUGGAUCAAACAGCACAAGAUGGGUUUUAUUGGACUUCCUCAAUGCAUUGGCUUUGGAUUACAUGCAGACUCGUACAGGUUUUUAGUUUUUCAAAACAUGGGCCAGUCUCUUCAAUCUUUAAUGAGCAAACAAAACAGGCUUUUGUCAGAGGUCACUGUUCUUCAACUGGUUUGCCACAUACUUGACGUCUUGCUGUAUCUUCAUUCAAAUGAGUAUGUCCAUGCUGAUAUCAAUGCAGAAAAUAUCUACAUCAAUCAAGAGCGUGCGUCACAGGUUUAUCUGGUUGGAUACAGUCAUGCCUUUAGGUACUGUCCCAGCGGUCAUCAUGUGGAGUACAGAGAAGGCAGAACACCACAUGAGGGCGCUGUCGAGUCUAUAAGUUUGGAUUGUCACAAUGGCGCAGCUCCUUCACGCCGCAGUGAUCUCCAGUCUCUGGGUUAUUGUAUGGUUUAUUGGCACACAGGAGUCUUACCUUGGGUGACACUGACCUCACCUGAACAGAUUGCUGCAGAGAAAAAUAAGUAUAUAAAGGAUGUACCUGGUCUUUUGCAUUACUGCUAUGGAAAGAAAAAAGUUUCUGGAGCUUUUCAGGCCUUCUUGUCAGCAGUGAUGUCCCUGGAGUACAGCGAGCAGCCAGACUACACAGCUCUGAAGUGUGGGCUCAGUGAAGCUCUAAAGCAGAUGGGUGGGUCUGUGGAGCAGCCGCUGUGCAUUUAG